AUGACCGUGAUUCUGAUGAAAAACGUCUGCUUAAAUAAGGAUUCAUGCUAUGAAGAAUCGAAAAAAUUUGAAAAUGCCUCAUUACAGAACGUUGCCUCUAAUUCUCCAUUAAAGUCAUCUAAGACUAUGCCAAUUCAAGACUUCGACUUAUUCGACUAUAUCGCUCCGGUGGUCGUUGCUGUUGUGUUUGCAUUUUUCGUCUUCAUCAUUUCAUUUUGUUGCAUAAAUUUCUUCUGCGUUACUAAAUUUGAUGAUCUUACCGUUUUUGAAAAGACAGCAUUAAAUCUCGAAAUUGAACUUGCUGAGAAAAACAAGAGAUCUACAGCUACCUCUCCGGAGUCGCCAAAAAAGGCAGUGGCAUCACCAUUAAUAACUGCUCUUUGUUUUCCAAAACCAAGAAAAAGAAGAUUCAGCACCACACUAAGAUUUCUAAAAGAAAAAUCAGUCAAACCGAUUUAUCAAAUUGCGGCUAAAAGGAACAUAAGAAUGGGGCCUCACCGGGUAUCUACUGUCAAACGAGGCGGCUUUCCUUCAACGUAUGCUCGAGAUGAAGCAGCACGAGGAAUCGCAAUUUGA